CGGGACUCAAGAGCAUCGGUAAUCAUUAUCACAGCGAUAGCCUCGCUCAUCUUGUCCGUACACGAAGGUAGCUGCUGAUGACGGUCGAAGAACCUUGCGAUAGCUGGUGACGAAUACGAGGUCCAUGUCUGUGUCACGUGACCUCGGCGAUCAUCUCGUUCAAGCUUCCCUCGAUACGUCUAGCACAAGGCCCCGACUUGAUAGUGUAAGAAGCGAAUCCUCUAUACUCUCAUCACAGAUUCUCUCUUCCGUUGCACUCACAAGCUUCUAGAAAAAACAUUUCGAAACGCCAUGAACCUUUCCGGAUUAAUUACAAAUCAUUCGCCUAUGGCGAUGAACAGAAUAGCCCGCCGAUCUAAGCUUUGGUCACAGCGAAAGGGAGCACGAAGCUACCUGCACACGACUGCAAUUCGGGAUCCGUUCUCCGAAUACCAAUCACCUGCGAUCGGCGGGUCAGCCGUCAAGAAGUGGAAAGCGAGGGAACGACCGGGACAGGAGAUCAACGGCGACGAGCUAGCCGAAGCGUUUAGGCAUGACUUGCAUGCUAAGAUGAUGACCUCGCCUAUGCGAAGAUGUGCUGUCACCGGAGCUAGACUACCUCGAGACUUCUUGAUAUGUCUUCGACCUGCAGUGUACCCUACCUCCGACUCAUCACUAUCCGACACCCCGAAAGACCCUAGAGAAGGCAACAUCUACCUCGUACCGGACAAGAUCCUCCAUCCUAAUCACAACGAUAAGCUUGGGAAAGGUUCUUGGUUGUUAUGUCAUCGGGGACUUGUGCAGACGUUUAUUGAUCGACCAGGGAGUGCUAAGCGAAUAUCAUCCUCGGCUUCCGCGUCUAAGCUCUUGCCGCUGCACAUCGGAAAUCAGCUGCAGACCAAAAUAGUCAACGACUUUCUCCUCUUCUCCAACACCACAGCGUUUUCAUCAUCGCUUGUCAACCUCACUUUGACGGAUCUCGACAGGUUGAAAGCUGGGGAAGAGGCUCUACCCGGUAUCCUAGCGGUACUCGAUGUCCGUGGAAUGACAGCGGAAUCCAUAGUCCCGCCUCGGCCUCGUGAUCUGCUAUCAAGAGCAGGGGAGGAGACCACGUUCCCGUCCGUCCCGCUGUACUCGAUAUAUGGGAAGGACACGCCACGCACAGGCUUGCCCGAUAGAGUCAUACCGGUAUACGAAGUUGACAAGGUUCUACCCAGAUGGAUGCACAAGAAUGUCGUGGACGCCAUUAGCAGAACGGAUUGCCCAUAUACAGACGGGUACCUCGCAAUCACAUCCACCCCGACAUUGUUUCCGCGAGGGGACAACGCAGCGUUGGAGGUGUGCAAGUCGUUAUGGAGGCUACGCUUGUAUCAGGGUCAAGGAUGGGCUGGUAUGGAACGGGAGGUUGAGCCAGGGCUCAUUGUCAAGGGUUUCGAAGAAUGGAUGGAAGGCAAAAUGCACGAGAGGAUAUCGUAGCCUUGUGCAGCGGUAAUACCAUUGUAAUACAAGAAAUGGCAAUGGCAUCAACAAGAUCAUAUCUAGAGCAACGUCGCCAUCUUGACUGGCUUUCUGACGGCGCUUGAGCUUCCCUCGUUGAAUUUGUAAACGACUCGGAACUUUUUGGCAGGCUGUCCAUCGAUGCCCUUCGAUCCGACUGCGGCGAGUACAUUUGCCUUG